ACAGUCUACUUGUUGUUGUCUCAUAAAUCUUGAAUGAGUGGAUAAAGUGUAGAAUUGGGAUGUGUUAGGAGUUGGGAUGUCCCACGAAACAUAAUUAUAUCGUGCCAACAGAGAGGGAGAGAGAGAGAGAGUAGAAUGUGUACAAGUGUAUGAAAUAUUUAGUCAUGGAGAAAGAGUCUCACCCGAUUACUUCGAAGAACGCUGUUUCUUCUUUUAAGAGUAAAGUGAAUGACUGCUUGCCUCUGCUGGGCUUCUUAGACAGUGAUGACAAAGGGGAUAUAUGGCGAUUUUGGAAGACAGUGUCAUCGGCUGUGAAAAUUGCUGUCAAUGGAAAGGGUGAUAUAGUGGAGACGCCCAGGAAGACCUCAAAGGCAUUGAGGAACUCUGCUGAAAAGAAAAGGGGAGACCAGUUCCUCAAACGGCUUGAUAGGGAUGCUAUCACAAUAUAUGUCCCGGUUAGAUGUUUAGAAGUCGGACAUCGGAAGUAUCGGGUUUUGAAGCUAGCCAAUCAGAAAAAGAUUGCUGACUAUUUUGAGACUGUAGCAGUGGAUGGAGAGGAGAAUAGUGGUGGUGCCGGUAGUUUGGUGAAUGAUGCUAGUCUGGAGUAUUUUGAUUUUGCUGACUUGAGCAACAGUUUUCAGGGAAAUGUUGGUAAGGAAGAAAUUGUUGAACCAAUUGUUAUUAACAAAGAAGAUUUAAGCAUAGGAGAGCAAAAUGUUGAAACAGUCACUAUGAUCAGUCAGGAACAAAAUUCAACAUUCUCUUUUGAAGAACCUGUCAGGGAAAAUGGCGAGCAAGUUAGAAAUCCUCCACAACGAUCCAGGAAGAUGGCGUGGCCUGUGGGUCGCCCAGUGACACGGUCAAGAAGUAGUAAAAGCAUGGAAUGUACUGUGGUGAGCGCAGAAGACAUUGACAGAGCUAUCAGUGUCAAGAGUGAGGAUAGACCUGAAGAUUCUGUUAGAGAAUUUAGUGAUCACCAAGGUAAAGAGUUUGGAGUGGACUCCGGCUCUCUUUUCCCCCCUCAUCCGGUGAAAGAGGAGGCAUGUGGGCGUGAGCAGGAAAAUUUCAGCAUCACGCUGGUUCCGGUGGAUGGUAAUGUUAUGCAGAUCACAAAUGUGAGGGAUACAAUGGACAUUCUGAAGACCCAGAACAACGGACUUGUUGCUUCUGACUUGAACAAGAGUGCUCUGACUUGUUCUUCAAGUUCUGUGGUUGAAAAACUCAGUAAUGUGUCAGUAUCAGAGUCUCACACCAUGUUAGCUGAAACUGUAUUGGAGGAAAAGAAUUCUGAUCUGAAUGUGUCAAACAGUUUGUUGCCGGCUUGCAAAGUGACAGUGUCUUCUGGUGACAAUAAGUUUGGUGUUCCGAGUCAAAACCAGCCUGUAGGGAUGGAAACCAAUGCUGCUGGGGUUGUUGACGUUAGUGCUGAAUGCAGGGAGCAACCUGAAGCUCAGGGUGGCCCUCUGGCUCAGCGAAAUGCUUCUGACAUAGAGACGAUCAUAUCGGCUCUUGAAGAGGAGCUAAAAAAGAGUGGCACUGAAGAAGCAAAGAUUUCUACUGAGGAGGAAAUGACUCAGUCCGCAGCAGAAGAGAUUGCCAGCACCAAGUCCAGCUAUUUUACGUCAUGCCCACAGACUGUCCAAUUACUGAACGGACAACAGAUUGUGGAAGUUCAACAUGUGGAUAAUGUGAUCUGGACAUCAGAUGGAGAGGUUCAGAUUUUAGGACCUAAUCAAGUGGUCAGUACAAGUGAGGUGGCUAUUUCAGGGGGUCACCCUCUGGAUGCAGGGUACGAUGUGGUGGAGUAUGAAGUGGCUGGGGAUAAAAAGUCGAAAAGAGGACGAAAAAAAAGGGCGAAAAACUCCAAAGAGUACUUAAAAGAGGAUACGAUUGACCGUACUUGUCCCAUUUGUCAGCGGGUUCUCCACUAUGCAUCUUCCAUGGCAGCCCAUAUGAGAACACACACAGGGGUCAAGCCAUACAGCUGUGGGCAGUGUGAUCGCAAGUUCACCACAAAGGCAAACCGAGAUCGGCAUGAGGCAACCCACGUUGGCUUGAAGCCUUUCCAGUGCUCUGCAUGUAGCAAGUGCUUCACGGAGAAACGCUCCCUCAGUGUACACAUGCGAACCCACACAGGAGAACGACCCUUUGUAUGCCAGGUGUGUGGCAGAGCUUUCACCCAGAAAUGCACACUCACCGCACACAUGGACAGACACACAAACAAGAAGGGUCACCUGUGUGACCUGUGUGGCAAGGCCUUCCGACAGAAAUGUCAGUUGGACAUACAUGUCAAGAGGCACAAACGUCAGGCCAGCUUCCCAUGCACCGAAUGCUCUGUUAAAUGCUACACUAAAGGAGACCUUUUAAGGCACAUGAUCAAGCACACAGGCGAGCGCCCUUUCCAGUGUAGCGAGUGUCCGCGGGCGUUCACCAGGAAGCAGUACCUUAUAGAUCACGAAAACGCUCACUUCGGCCGCAAGCCGUACCAGUGUAGUGUCUGUGGUAUGACCUUCCAUGAUGUGGGGUCCUGCCAUCGACAUCUGAAGAAACAUAAGAUGGAAGAAGAGAGCAGUUCAGACAAGACUUCCGACCAGUCAGCUGUACUCAGUAGUGGAGACUUCCACCGCAUUCUGGAGGGUACCAAAAUAGGGCAGGUGCUGAAACUGGAAGACGGCUCCAACGCUGUGGUGAAGGCUGUCGUAUCGGAGGCGGAUGGCAGCACAGUAUACCACAUCACAUGUCUCAACACUUCCUCCUCUGCGCUGUCAACGUCAAUGCCUCCAGCAGUGUUGGGUCAGCCACCUCCACAACAACAGCAGCCACAAGUGCUGACCAACACUGAAGAUUCGGGUACAGCGGAGUCCUCUGACUUUGUUCACCACAGUGCUGUGAAUGAAAAUGAUGGUGGUUCAGCGCUGGAGGGAAAAAAUUGACACUAUAAGGCCUGUGUUACCUUGAUCUUUUGUGCUAGUGAACAGGUACGGAACAACACUCUGAGUGCUUAAUGUUGCUAAAAUAGAUGAAAAGUUGUUAUAAGUUGAAAAAGUUUCAAUGCUGUGGCACUUGAAAUAUGUGUGCGUGCAUAGGAAAAUCAGUCACAUCUGACCAUGGGAGAUAAUUGAGAUUUUGAUUGCAAUGUGUUCUCCACUCAUUUCUGAGCAUUUUGCAGUUUAUUUGAGGACAAUACCUUGUUUCGUUCAAACGUUAUGGCAAAAUGUGUGAACUCGCCCAUAAAACUGACAUUUUGAGAAAAUCGCAUUUAAAGUUGAGAAUUAAAGAAAAAUGGAUUUUGUUGAAUUCAGAGGUAUCUUAAAGCCAUUCCUAAACUAAUUCAGACCUGACAAGCAAACUGUAUAAUGUCAACACAGAAAACUGAAGAAUUUUACUCACUGCUUGAUGUGAAGAGUCCUUGCUAUUACUCCGAGGGUGGGGGGGGGGGGUUAC